ACCACUAUUCUCGUCUGUUUUCCUCUAAUAAACGUUGCAGGCUUCUGUCUAUUAUCUUUGUAGUUGCAACAGGCUAGUUUAUCUCGUGAUUUCCCACUCACACAGGUUUUCAUCCAUUCUAUACUCACUGUUGUUUCUACCUCCCAUCUAGAAGCACUUUUAUCCCUCGAUUAUCAUUUAUUCAUGUCGUUUUCCACGCUCAAAAUAGUAUUCUUGGUUUUUGCCAUUGGCUACAGAUCUGCCAGCGGGUUUCUUUUUUGUUUUGUUUUAAUCUCUGUUGCAGUUGGCUAAUUUAUAUCGUGAUUUCCAACUUCAACAGGCUUUGAUCCAUCCCUUUGCCCAGAAACAAUUCCAGCGCUCUAUGGAUCAAACUUGUUCAGGCCGUUCUAUGAUUGGUAUCUUUAUGGAUCAAAUAUAUUCUCCUAGUUUCGUCUAGAAACACCACUUAUACUCUCUUCCAGCCUAGUGAAACCCACCUUCUAACAGGAAAAAUCUGCUUGGUUUCGCAUAGUUUGUCUUUCUGCACCCAAGAUCUGUGCAUCCACAAAGCAAACACAACCCCCUCCGAAGGCAUAUACGCAAAAAAAACUGCAAUACCGAUGACAGAAGUGGCAUUAGCUAUAGCUGGCUUAAGAUUAGCUGCAUCGCCGGUUUUGAAGAAGCUCCUUGCUUAUUCUUCAACGUACCUUGGAGUGGACAUGAUGCGUGAGCUCCAUGAACUGGAGACCACAAUCAUGCCCCAACUCGAGCUGGUGAUUAAAGCAGCAAACAAGGGAAACCACAGGCCCAAGUUGGACAAAUGGCUUCAGGAACUCAAAGAAGCCUUCUACAUGGCUGAAGAAUUGCUGGAAGAGCAUGAGUACAACCUUCUCAAGCGCCAAGCAAAGGGGAAGGAUUCUUUGCCGCCCAAUGCCUCGACCAUCAGCAGCACUUUUAUGAAGCCUCUGCGUGCUGCAUCAAGCAGGCUGUCCAAUCUGAGCUCUGAGAACAGAAAGCUACUUCGGCAGCUGCAUGAACUGAAGGCUACCCUGGCGAAAGCCAAGGAGUUCCGUGAACUACUCUGCUUACCAGCCAGCUAUAAUGCAGAGAGCCCCACCAUACCAUCAGUUGAUGUUCUUGAGGCCACAUCACUACAACCUAUGAAAGUGAUUGGUCGUGACAAGGAUAGCGAUCAUAUAAUUGACCGCCUUACCAAGAUAACUGCUACUACUGAGUCUGAGUCUAGUACAGCUAUGUACUUGGGUUUGGCCAUUGUUGGAGUUGGAGGCAUAGGAAAGUCCACAUUAGCACAACUUGUUUACAAUGACAAGAGGGUAAAAGAAUAUUUUGAUGUGACAAUGUGGGUAAGCAUCUCACGCAAACUUGAUGUCCGCCGUCAUACACGGGAGAUCAUCGAGUCUGUCUCUCAAGGGGAAUGCCCACACAUUGGUAGCCUUGAUACUCUGCAGCACAACUUGGCAAACAUACUGCAAGAAUCAAAGAAAUUUCUACUCGUGUUGGAUGAUGUUUGGUUUGAACCUGGCAGUGAGGGGGAAUGGGACCAACUAUUAGCUCCUCUAGUUUCGCAACAGAUGGGAAGCAAAAUUUUGGUAACUUCUCGAAGGAAUACAUUUCCAGCUGCUCUUUGCUGUGAAGUGUGUCCUCUGGAAAACACGGAAGAUGCUCAGUUCUUGGCACUCUUCAAACACUACGCAUUCUCUGGACCAAAAAUCAUAGAUCUGCAGUUGCGCGAAAGGCUUGAAGAUUUUGCAGAGAAGGUUGCUAAAAGACUUGGACAAUCUCCUCUGGCGGCAAAAGUUGUGGGUUCCCAGUUGAAAGGGAAAACAUGUACCACUGCAUGGAAGGAAGCUCUAAAUAUGAAGAUUAACAAAUUAAGUGAGCCCAUGAGAGCUCUAUUAUGGAGCUAUGAGAAGUUAGAUCCAUGUUUGCAGAGGUGCUACCUAUAUUGUAGCUUGUUUCCAAAAGGUCACAAGUAUGUUACUGAUGAGUUGGUUCUUCUUCGGAUGGCAGAGGGCCUUAUUGAUUCGUACAACCAAAACAAGAGUGUGGAAGAUGUCGGGAGGGACUGCUUCAAGGAGAUGAUAUCUGUUUCCUUCUUUCAACCAGUUAAUGAGAAAUAUCAUGUUAUGCAUGAUCUCCUUCAUGAUCUUGCAGAAUCACUCUCCAAAGGGAACUGCUUCAGAUUGGAAGAUCAUAAGGUGACAGAUGUACCAUCCAGUGUUCGACAUCUAUCUGUUCGUGUUGAUAGUAUAAUGCAACACAAGCAAAGUAUCUGCAAGCUACAUCAUUUACGCACUAUUAUCUGCAUAGACCCCCUAAUGGAUGAUGUAGUUGACCUUUUUAACCAGAUACUACAGAAUUUGAAGAAGUUGCGCGUACUAUAUUUGUCAUCUUACAGUGGUAGUAAGUUGCCAGAAUCUGUUGGUGAGUUGAAGCACUUUCGGUAUUUGAAUAUCAUCAGAACAUUGAUUUCUGAAUUGCCAAGAUCUCUGUGUACUCUUUACCACUUGCAGUUACUUCUGUUCAAUCACAAAGUCGAGAGUUUGCCAGAGAAACUCUGCAAUUUAAAGAAGUUACGACAUCUUGAAUAUCGUCAGGAUCUAUAUUACAUGCCCAAGAAAGCACUGCCUCAAGUUCCUAACAUCAGCAAGCUAACUUCUCUUCAACAAUUUGAAGAAUUUUCUGUGCAAAAUAAAAUGGGUUAUGGGUUGCUACAGCUAAGGGACAUGAACCAGAUCCGUGGAAGUUUAAGUGUCACAAAUCUUGAGAAUGCCACUGGGAAGGAUCAAGCCUUGAAAUCAAAGUUGUAUCAGAAAGUUCAUCUUCGCAGCUUGCAACUUGUCUGGAGUUGCAAGGAUGACACAAACUUUGAUCAUAUCUUACAUUUGGAGAUUCUAGAAGGCAUGAUGCCACCGCCUCAACUUGGGGCCCUUAGUAUUCACGGUUACAAAUCUUCAAAAUAUCCAGGCUGGUUACUUGAUGGUUCAUAUUUUGAGAAUUUGGAAUCCUUAAGCUUUGUUGAUUGCAGCAUGGUAGAAAGCCUACCAUACAAUACUGGACUAUUUGGAAAUUGCUCUUCUCUUGCCCUCCGCAAUGUGCCAAACCUGCAGAUGUUACCUUGUCUUCCACUAGGCCUUAAAAUAUUAGUAGUAGAGAAAUGCCCACCGCUUAUAUUUAUCUCCAACGAUGGGCUGGGAUAUCUUGAUCAGAGAGAGAAUAUCAUGAGGACAGACCACUUGGCAUCACAACUUGGUUUAAUCUGGGGGGUGGGUUCAGGACCAUAUAUUAGGAAUGCGUUCUCAUCUGAACAUUCAGUUCUGUAGCAGCUGAUGAUAUUAAUG